AUGGGUUUCUUUGCUGGUGUUUCCAUGACAAAGGGUUUGAUGGGUACCAUCAAUUUGUUUAUGGUAGUUAUGUAUCUUGUAGAUUCGAAAAGCCAUCAUGGGGUGGAAGCGAAAAAGAAGGUGGAGCAAAAUGAAGAUGAUUUGGAGCUGGAAAGGCAGCUCAAGAUUUUAAAUGUGCCUCAUCCUCUCAAGACCAUUAGAACAGAAGAGGGUGAUAUCCUUGAUUGUGUUGAUAUCUACAAGCAACCUGCUUUUCGUAAUCCAUUGCUUAAAGAUCACAAAAUCCAGAUGAAACCUAGUUUUUUCCCGGAAGGAGAAGCAAACAAAAAUUCGUCAGCAACUGAAUCUUUGCCAAUUAGUUUAAAGGGCAAAGAAUGUCCCCAAGGAACAGUUCCCAUUCGAAGAACUUCAAAAGAAGAUCUUUUAAGGGCUAGAUCUUUAGCAAGAGAUUUCUCUACAAAUAUCAACCAAAGCGGGAUCCACUUCCCAGGGCAAUUUCAAGUAGAAUUGAUGACCAUUCAGGUUUUGGAAGUUCACGGGGAAGAAGGUGGACUAGUUCAUGGAGCUUCUGCAUACAUCAAUGUAUACAAUCCAACUGUAGAACCUACACAAUGUACGAGUGCACUAAUUUGGGUUCGUGCUGGUCCAAAUGAAAACUUUGAUUAUAUAACUGCUGGAUGGACGGUUGAUCCACGGUUAUAUGGUGAUCAUCUUACUCGGUUUUUUACAUAUUGGUCGGUUAAUAAAGAUAAGCCUCGCGGGUGCUACAAUACUCUUUGCACAGGUUUUGUGCAAGUUGAUAGAUCAGUGACUCCAAGUGCUCCUUUAUCUCCAGUUUCUACAAUUGGUGGAACUCAAUAUGUGAUCAAAGUCCAUGUUUAUCAGGAUCCCUUAAGCAGGAACUGGUGGUUGAUAAUCACAAAAAAUAGUAUAGUUAUUGGUUAUUGGCCAAAGAACUUAUUUCCUUAUUUAGGUGAUGGUGCCACUAGUGUUUCUUGGGGAGGGAUUGCACAGGUUGGUUCUAAUGGAGUUGGCCCUCCAUUAGGAAAUGGUCGUUUCCCAUAUGAUCCGUUUCCAUGCUAUUUCGAAUGGAUGAAGAUGGUGAAUAAGGACUAUGGUAUCGAUCCUCUAUUAAAGAAAACAGAUAUAACUACUUAUGUGAAGGGAAAGAACUGCUAUGACAUACUUUAUCAUAAAUAUGUACCUGAACGAGGAGCAAGUCUGACAUUUGGUGGACCUGGUGGCAUCAACUGUGGCUAG